AUGUCUGAAGAAACUGGAAACUUUUAUUCUCUGUAUGAAUUUUUAAAAACUGAACCAUCAGAAAAUAUUACUAUAAGCAGAGUUUUGCAUGAGAUGUGGAGAUUAUAUGGUUUGCAAACAGAAGACAAUGAUUGCAAUCGACUACAUCUCAUUCUAGAAAAAGUAUGGUUAGAAAUUGUUGAAGAAAAAUGUAAAUUUUGUCUUAAACAGUUACAAGAUAUAGAGAAG